GGAGGGGCGGUGCUGCCCCUUUAAGAGGAGGCGGCCGAGCCGGGACCUUUUCUCUUUCCCCGGAAGGAAAGCUUAGCCCCGGCUGGGCGCGCAAGGUGGGGAGGUGCGGGGCUGGGCGUGGGGAGGCGGGGCGCGCGCGGGGGGGGGACCCCUCCUUCGCGUCCUCCCUGCGGUCGACCGGUCCGCCUGCCCAGAUCCGCAGCUGAGCCCGGAUCGGAGGCGACCGUGCGGCCAAGUGGGCGCGGCCGGCACGAGCUGGGGGGCAGGGUGCCCGGGGCAGGGGGGCGGUGACCCGGGACAUUGCAGGCGGGAGAAUAGACCCGCGGACUUCGGAGGGGCAUCCGAGAGCUCAGACCGUGAGCGGACGUGAAACUGACCAGGGCUCGGGGCUAGAAACUGAUCAGCGCUGCGGGACUCAGGCACGCCGCGGGCCAGAGUGUUCUCCGGUGGCGCGGGGGAGCAGGUGAACAGGUCCUCACUCGCAGCUCCACGCCCUCACGCGCUCUCGCCCGAGCCCCGGCCCCCGCCCGCAGCCAUGGGCCCCGGCCCCAACCGCGCCGUCCGCGUCCUACGCCCGGUGCUCUGCGCGCUCGCUUUGAUGGUGGCCGUCAGCGACCGCGUCGCCUCCGCCUUCAACCUGGACACCCGAUUCCUGGUGGUGAAAGAGGCCGGGAACCCGGGCAGCCUCUUCGGCUACUCCGUCGCCCUCCAUCGGCAGACGGAGCGGCAGCAGCGCUACCUGCUCUUGGCUGGUGCCCCCCGGGACCUCGCCGUGCCUGAUGGCUAUACCAACCGGACUGGUGCUGUGUACCUGUGCCCACUCAGUGCCAGCAAGGAUGACUGUGAGCGGAUGGACAUCGCGGAGAAAAAUGACCCCGACCAUCACCUUAUCGAGGACAUGUGGCUUGGGGUGACUGUGGCCAGCCAGGGUCCCGCCGGCAGAGUUCUGGUCUGUGCCCACCGCUACACCCAGGUGCUGUGGUCGGGGUCAGAGGACCAGCGGCGCAUGGUGGGCAAGUGCUAUGUGAGGGGCAACGACCUGGAGCUGGACCCCAGUGACGACUGGCAGACCUACCACAAUGAGAUGUGCAACAGCAACACCGACUACCUGGAGACGGGCAUGUGCCAGCUGGGCACCAGCGGCGGCUUCACCCGAAACACUGUGUACUUUGGCGCUCCUGGUGCCUACAACUGGAAAGGAAACAGCUACAUGAUUCAGCGGAAGGACUGGGAUUUAUCCGAAUAUAGUUACAAGGACCCAGAGGACCAAGGAAACCUUUAUAUUGGCUACACAAUGCAGGUGGGCAGUGCCAUCCUGCACCCCACGAACAUCACCAUUGUGACAGGUGCUCCUCGGCACCAGCAUGUGGGCGCUGUCUUUUUGCUGAGCCAGGAGGCAGGUGGAGACCUGCGGAGGAGGCAGGUGCUGGAGGGCACACAGGUGGGCGCCUAUUUUGGCAGCGCCAUUGCCCUGGCAGACCUGAACAAUGAUGGGUGGCAGGACCUUCUGGUGGGUGCCCCCUAUUACUUUGAGCGGAAGGAGGAGGUAGGGGGUGCCAUUUAUGUCUUCAUGAACCAGGCAGGCACCUCCUUCCCAGCCCACCCCUCCCUCCUUCUUCACGGCCCCAGUCGCUCCGCCUUCGGCUUCUCUGUGGCAAGCAUUGGUGACAUCAACCAGGAUGGAUUCCAGGACAUUGCUGUGGGAGCCCCGUUUGAGGGCUUGGGCAACGUGUACAUCUACCACGGCAGCUCCAGCGGGCUCCUCAGACAGCCCCAGCAGGUAAUCCACGGAGAGAAGCUGGGACUGCCCGGCUUGGCCACCUUCGGCUACUCCCUGAGUGGGCAGGUGGAUGUGGAUGAGAACUUCUACCCGGACCUGCUGGUGGGGAGCCUGUCAGACCGUAUCGUGCUGCUGCGGGCCCGGCCUGUCAUCAACAUCCUCCACAGGACCUUGGUGGCCAGGCCAUCCGUACUGGACCCCGCACUCUGCACGGCCACCUCCUGCGUGCAGGUGGAGCUGUGCUUUGCUUACAACCAGAGUGCUGGGAACCCCAACUACAGGCGGAACAUCACCCUGGCCUACACUCUGGAGGCCGACCGGGACCGCCGCCCACCCCGGCUCCGCUUUGCACUCAGCCAGUCCGCUGUCUUCCACGGCUUCUUCUCCAUGCCCGAGAUGCACUGCCAGACGCUGGAGCUGCUCCUGAUGGACAACGUCCGUGACAAACUCCGACCCAUCGUCAUCUCCAUGAACUACUCUUUACCUGUGCGGAUGCCUGAGCGCCCGCGACUGGGGCUUCGAUCCCUGGACGCCUACCCGGUCCUCAACCAGGCGCAGGCUCUGGAGAACCACACGGAGGUCCAGUUCCAGAAGGAGUGCGGGCAGGACAACAAGUGCGACAGCAACUUGCAGAUGCGGGCGGCCUUCGUGUCUGAGCAGGGGCAGCAGCUGAGCAGGCUCCAGUACAGGAGAGACUUCCGAAAACUGCUCCUGGGCAUCGACGUGACCAACACCCCGAGCCGGGAGCGGGCUGGGGAAGACGCCCACGAGGCGCUGCUCACUCUGGUGGUGCCUCCCGCCCUCCUGCUGUCCUCAGUGCGCCCUCCUGGAGCCUGCCAAGCCAACGAGACCAUCGUUUGUGAGCUGGGGAACCCCUUCAAACGGAACCAGAGGAUGGAGCUGCUCAUUGCCUUUGAGGUCAUUGGGGUGACCCUGCACACAAGGGAGCUCCAGGCACAGCUGCAGCUCUCCACGUCAAGUCACCAGGAUGACCUGCGGCCCAUGACCUUGACCCUAACGGUGGACUACACACUCCAGGCCUCACUCAGCAUGGUGAGUCACCGGCUUCAAAGCUUCUUUGGGGGGACAGUGAUGGGCGAGGCUGGCAUGAAAACUGUGGAGGAUGUGGGAAGCGCUCUCAAAUACGAGUUCCAGGUGGGCCCAAUGGGAGAAGGGCUGGCAGCCCUUGGGACUCUGGUCCUGGGGUUGGAGUGGCCCUAUGAAGUCCGCAAUGGCAAGUGGCUGUUGUACCCCACGGAGAUCACUGUCCACGGCAAUGGGUCCUGGCACUGCCGGCCACUUGGAGACCUCGUCAACCCUCUCAACCUCACUCUCUCUGUUCCUGGGGACAGGCCGCCAUCUCCACAGCGCAGGCGGCGACAGCUGGACCCAGGGGGAGGCCAGGGCCCCCCGCCUGUCACUCUGGCUGCUGCCAAAAAAGCCAAGUCUGAGAUCCAACUGAGCUGUGGCAGUGACCGCACCCGCUGUGUGUGGCUGGAGUGCCCCAUUCCUGAUGCCCCCGUCAUCACCAACGUGACAGUGCAGGCACGAGUGUGGAACAGCACCUUCAUCGAGGAUUACAGAGACUUUGACAGAGUCAGGGUAUCCAGCUGGGCCACCCUGUUCCUCCGAACCAGUGUCCCCACCAUCAACAUGGAGAACAAGACAGUGCGGUUCUCCGUGGACAUUGACUCUGACCUGGUGGAGGAGCUGCCAGCCGAGAUCGAGCUGUGGCUGGUGCUUGUGGCUGUGAGUGCCGGGCUGCUGCUGCUGGGGCUGAUCAUCCUCUUGCUGUGGAAGUGCGGCUUCUUCAAGCGAGCCCGCACUCGCGCCCUGUAUGAAGCUAAGAGGCAGAAGGCGGAGAUGAAGAGCCAGCCGUCAGAGACAGAGAGGCUGACGGACGACUACUGAGGGGGGCGGCCCCCUGCCCCCGGCCCACCUGGUGUGACUUCUUUAAGCGGACCCGCUAUUACCGGAUCAUGCCCAAGUACCAUGCAGUGCGGAUCCGGGAGGAGGAGCGCUACCCACCUCCAGGGGGCACCCUGCCCACCAAGAAGCACUGGGUGACCAGCUGGCAGACUCGGGACCGAUACUACUGACAUCCUCCCUGUUCCCACCCCUGCUCCCCCAGUGUCCCCUUCUAUUUAUCAUAAGUCGUGCCCUGACAAUCCACAGGGGCCACUGCCUUUGGCUGGCACCGGCAGGCUCGGGCACACACACCUCUUUAAGUGCAUGCACGUGCCGUCCAGCCAUGGUCUCCGCCCUGAAGGCGGGCUGGGGCCGUGGACCUAGCACUGCAGAGCACCAGAGCCCUGUGCCCUGGACACAUAUGAGCGCAUGUGGGUCCCACUGCUUGUAGACUGUGCUUGUGCACCCUGGAUGGUGCACAGACAUGCGUGUCCCAGCCACUGCCUGUGCCAAAGCCAAGCCAGAGGGCCUCCGCCAGAGCCAGGAGGAAGAGGCCCCCAAUGUGGUGACACCUCCCCUGUUCACACUGGACCCAUCGUGAGCCAUAGUCACUGGAUUGACUCUGACCUCGAGAUGAAAACUACUGACAGGGAGCAGCCCACCAGGCCCCCGGUGCAGCUCCCAGCACCCAUGCCAGAGAGUGGGAGCCUGCCUGAGGUUGUCCAACGGGGUGUUCACAGGACCUGGCAUGCUGAGACCCAAGAGCAGAAUGAACUAGAAAGAAGAUUCCCCAGGAUGGCUUUCUUUCAUGAAUCCCUGCGAAACCUCUGUCCUCAGCCAUGGCAUCCCACACACUACCAGGAAAUUCAGCCCAAAGAAACACAGAUGGACACGGUGCUAGGCAGCCAGGACACACUGCGCCAGGACUGCCCUGGGAGCACGAUGGGAUCUUCAACAGAGGAAGGGGACCAGUCCUGGGCCGAGGAGAUGUUGGAAGGAUGUAGAGCAGAUACCACUUUUCACCCACAUUACCAUCCUGGCCUUGAAGGCCUGGAGGAACCCCCACGAGAUCACAGAGGGAGCGACACUUGAAUGUAGAACAGGGAGGGAGCCCCAUCGUGCCACAUCAGCCAGACCUCAGUCUGCCCCCACUGACCAUGGGUUGGAGACCUAGAAGUGGAGCUCUUGGCUGUCCUUGGCUUUCAGAGCCAGCUUAGCUCUGCCUUCUCCCCUGUGGCUUAUUCUAGAAGUUGAGGCUGGUUCCAGAAAACCUCUCCUGACCCCUGCCUGUUAGCAGGCCCCCUCCCUAACCCCUCCCCCCUUCCAUGGUACUGUAGUAGGGGAGCUCCAUCCCCCUCCUUGUGCCUUCUUUGUAUAUAGGCUUCUCAUGGCAACCAGUAAACAGCUCCCAGUUUGUACACACUGCAUCUGCCUCCAUCCACCCCCAUGCCUUACCAACACCAUUCAGUGUGAUGGACCAUGAUACCUAGCUGACCCCCAGGUGGACAAAGCCAGGUGCGGGGCUCUUAGAGGUUGGGAGGGUGAAGCUCUAUGGUGGAGAUACUGGUUCCUGUUCUCAGGGGUGCCCCAGCCUAAGAGCUGGUCAUGGUCACAUAACUGAGGUCCAGAACAUCAGAUGAGAGGGAAGACCUGAGUAGACUGGAUGGAAUCCAAAAUAGCUUCUUGGUGGAUAGUGUGCUGGCCCUGGGUGAGGAGGGCUGGUAGAGGUGGUGGUGUGCAGGCUCUGGAAGAGGCAGGAAGCUACUCUGCUGUAAAAGUAGGUAUUCCUGGGUAGUGGUGGAGCAAGGCUGAGUGCAUGGGUGGAGAACCGAGAGCCCUCGUCUGGUGGCUAAAUUCAGAUAAGAACCUAAUUUACUGCCUCAGUUUCCCCACAACCAGGCCAAGGCACUAUGAUGAGUAGAUCAGAAGGUGAACCAGUGACCCAAGGCUGGAAGAACUGAAGGGUCAUAGUAUCCAUUCCCCAGCCUCUGGGCAGCAGUACCCGUAGCCCUGGUCGGCGCAGCUCCUCCAGACGUGCUUCUGUCCUGAGCCCACAGCCACAGCGUUGGGUCAAGGUCGCCGCCGCUUCCUUUGCACUAUGGUUGUCCUAAAUUGUGGCACAGGUCCUUCUCUUAAUUGUCCCCAAGGUGGUGACCUUUAGCAAGAAAGAAGGCUGGAAAUUACUACCCAGAGAAGCCUAGAGGCAGAUCUUCAAUUCAGCUACUCAGAGCCCUGAGACCCAGCCGCUAUCCCGGUUCCUCCUGACAUCUGCCUCCCUGUGGCAGCUGUCUGCCCUCCACCCUCUCUACCAGAGCCCACCCCCUCACUUUCUGUGCUGGGAUUUAUCACUGAUUGAUAUUGAAAUGCCCCAUUCCUCCAGGAAAACUCCAGCCCCUACCCAGAGCUCUCAGAACCAGUAACUGGAGACCUCAGUUUGUUUUCCAGAAUCUGGGUUAGUCACUGAGCCAGGAAUAAUACACAUGUGGGAUGUCAAAACCCAGCUCAGGCUGAGCAGAGUUCAGUCCGGUUUGGUCCAGUCCUUUGCAGCCACUUCCUGCUGAAGCAAGAAGUGGGAUCUACGCAUCCUUCUGACCAGCUUCACAGGCCCAGCCCCAACCUCCUGUGAGCAACUUUUUGGAUGAGAACACACUGUCUCACACAAACACUGUGAGAAUAAGUAGUCAUUUUUCAGGACUGGUGAAGCUACACUUUCGUGAAAGAAACAUUCUGGCAGAGAUGCAGUAACGUCCACUUUACAGAAAAGGACCCUUAAUAAUGCCAAGCUUCUUGAGCUCCUUGGAGCUGCAGCACCUCCACACAGUUUCAGAAGAGGGUCUUGGCUCUUGUAUCACUAAAAGAACCCAUAAGGUAAAUUUCCCUCUUCUGGACACAGGGCUGGAUUGCACUUCCUGGGCCCUUCUGGUUAGAUGAGGUCAUGUGAGGCCAUUCUGGCCAAUGAGUUGUCAGCCAGAGGGAAGGGGCACAGUUCUGGGCCGGAGACAGUUAAUCACUGGGUGAGACUCUCCCAGUUCUGCUUCUCCUAACUCUGCUGCUGUGGAAGCCUGUGUUGAGAUAAAGCUUCUGUCAGUCUGAGUCCUUGAGAGCCCCCCCACCACCACCAACCCAUGUUGUACAUGUGGCGGGAAAUUUGGGGGGUUUUGUUACCUCCCAUCACCUAACCUAGCUUGACUGAUACACCACACUGCACCACUCCUGCUACCACCCUGCAGCAAUGUCGGCAGGAGGAAUUUAAUCCAAGUUCAGAGUAUGAACUUCCAUAAUGGUAUGGAAGUCCAUCUCCAAGGGUGCUGUGCUUGGUGCUGGAGACAGAGCAGUGGACAGGACGGACACAGCCCUGCCCUCCCGGAGCUUGAAGUCUAGUUGGGGAGACAGAUGAGUCAUCAGAUGAUUACCACUCAGUGUGACAAGCUAAAAUAGUGCUAGAUCAGGAGGCCUAGGCAACCUUUGGAGGGAGCCCGUAACCCAGCCUGGGGGGUCAGGGACCUGAAGAAUGGGUAGGCGAAAGUGAGAAGAAAGAAUGAUCCCUGGGUUCAGAGACAGCAUUUGCAACAGUGGGGAGGUCGAAGGCUGGUUCAAGGCAGCAGACAAGCGUGGCUGGGAGCUAAGCAGGAGAGCGUGGAGAGUUAAGAUGAGGCUGGAGGUGAGGCUGGAGAGCUAAGGCAAAGCAGGUCGUGUGAGAACUGGAAAGGCUCACAUGAAGAGAAGUGGAGAGCCAUCAAAAGGCUGUGAGCAAGGGAAGUAACGCCUUCAGAUUUGCAGUUGAAAAGGAUCCCUGAACCUGUUUCCUCAUCUAUAAAGUGGGGAUAACAGUAGCACAGUAGAGCUGCCUGAAGAAUUAAACCAAAUGAGGCAUGCAAACAGUGCCUGGCACACGGGCUAUCAUUCAUUCAGCUACGGCAGUCCCUUCCAUUGUGCAGCCUUGCCCAUAGCUCUUCAUUGGCUACAACUGCAUUCUGUUAUAACUAUUUAUUUACUUAUGUAGCUCCCUCCCAAGGGAUAAGACCAUGUCCCAGCCCUGUCUAUGUUUCCCGUUCCCAGCAUAUAAGCCUAGCACCUAUUAGGCACUUGGUGAGUGCCCGCCAAGGACUGAACAGUGAAAAACACCUCAAAGGGGCAAGUGGGAGGCGUGGGGGGAACAGGACAUACCGCGUUCGACCACAGGAGGGCGCGCUGUGUUCCCACGCGAGAGCCGGGCUGCUGGGCAAGGGCGAGCUCUCAGCCUCCAGCACACAUCACCUUGCAGGACCUUUCUCUAAGGAAGCCUAGUGCGGACAAAGGUUGCUUUCUCAGGUCAAAUGAGUGGAGAAUAAUAAAAUAAAAGUGUUUUGA